CCACGCAGCCUCAUUUUACCUCGACUGUCCAUAGGCUGACUGAUAGCAACAGGGGCCUUGCAUGCCUUUGCUACGGUUAACUGUACCUACGCCGCGGGGCCUGGCUACUUCCAGCCUUUGCUACGUUUACUGGGCCUGACUUUAUAUGAGACCCCACUACAACUUACCUUGUAAUUAGGCUCUUAGCAACACCGUCUAGCAUCACAUCUCAACAAACGACAGGAAAACACUCGGUCCCCUCUUCCCAGAGCCUGCAGCAAGCAUCUUGAUCGUGCAGACAGCCUUUCAGCUGUCACACCCCCCGUGUCCCCAGCGCCACAGGGCAGCAGGCCAGACCCAGGGACAAAGGUCCCCGGCAACCGGCUGCCUGGAAAGAGCUCUCCUGACUCGGCACAGACCCCACAAGCCCGCCACCCCCGACAGCCCACGCCAGCCCCCUGGCCCCCGCGCCUCUCCCAUGCCCACCCAUGGACCCUGCCCACGUGACGGAGCCGCCCCCGCCACCUUUCGCCCUGGACAAGUUCCACAUCUCCCAGGAAUACGGCUUUCUGCUCCCCGAUCCACAGACAGAGCUGCCCACUCCCUACGGACCCUGGAUGGACCUUGCCCGCAGCUUGCCUCACCUCAUCGCCACCCGGCAGCUCCGCGCCCACGUUCACCAGGCGCCGCAGCUCAGCGCCGCACAGCUCCACGGGCACCGUGACCUGCGCCUGGCCCACCUGGUGCUCAGCUUCAUCACGGCAGGCUAUGUGUGGCAGGACGGUGAGGAGGGCCCGGCCAAGGUGCUGCCACAAAACCUUGCCGUGCCCUACUGGGAAGUCUCGCGGCGCCUCGGCCUCCCGCCGAUCCUCCUGCACGCCGACCUCGUGCUCGCCAACUGGAGGCGAAGGGAUCGGGCCGGGCCCCUGGAGCUCGGGAACCUGGACCCCAUCGUGUGGCUGCCGGGAGGAGAGAGCCUGAGGGGCUUCGUUCUCGUCACCGUGCUGGUGGAGAAGGCAGCCGUGCCUGGGCUGCAGGCCAUCGUGGAGGCGGCCCCUGCCAUCUGGCAGCCCGACAGGGAGACCCUGCUGCGAGCCCUGGCACAGUUGGCGACGGCCCUCGGGGCUAUGACCGAGGCCCUGAGGCUGAUGCACGAUCACGUGGAUCCAGACAUCUUCUACACCGCAAUCCGCCUCUUCCUCUCCGGAGGUGUGUCUGAGCUGCCGCAGGCGUACUCAGGAGGCAGCGCGGCCCAGAGCACCGUGCUCCACGCUUUUGACGCCUUCCUGGGCAUCCGGCACCACGAGGAGAGCUUGGCCUUCCUGCGCCAGAUGCGCGACUACAUGCCCCCCUGCCACAGGGCCUUUGUGGAAGCGAUCCAGGCCUUCCCUCCCUUGCGGGACCUGGUCCUCUCCUCUGGGAACGAGGCGCUCUGCUGCGCGUACGACGGGUGCGUGACCGCGCUGGCCGCCUUCCGCACGCACCACAUCGCCGUCGCGACCAGGUAUGUCGUCGCCGCCGCCAAGACAAGCCGAGGCAGCCUCCCGCGGCCGGCUCCUCCCUCCGGGCUGGAGCAGAGGGGCACCGGCGGGUCCCCCGUCCUCCGCUUCCUCAAAAGUGUCAGGGACGCCACCCGCGAAGCCCUGCUCCACGUUUAGACAUUUAUCUCAGGCAACACGUCACGCCUAAUAAAGAGAGCGCUCACGCUGCACACAGGAGUCCGGGCCUCUCCGCGCCAUUGUCCGGCACGCACAGGGCGUUCCCGGCCGUUCCCCCGCCGGCCAGAGGCUCCCCGCUCCUCGAGGUGCUGCCAUUCACCCCACGAGCAGGC